CCCCCCCGCCCCAACAUUCGUUACAAAUUUACCAACACCAAGAAAAAGAAAAUCACCCGCUGUCUGUCCUCGUGCGUCACCCCCUCCCACAUCGCACUUGCACGCUGCACCCAUCCAAAAUCUCCCUUCUGCGGCGCACACAAUAAGAAAAUCAGCGUACGUUUAUCCCCCACCACCACUUUCCCUCACCCCCCACCCUCCAUCCCCAAAUCCCAUCCCCCCCAGACAAACCUCAAUGACGAAUCGCUCCGCCGCCGGCGAACUCAACCACCGGCCGCUCGCUCCACUACCGCCACAACAUAACCACUACAUGGCCGCCGCCACCUCCUACUCGACCGCAUCCCUCAAGGGCUGCUGUUGCUGCCUCUUUCUUCUCCUCAUCUUCCUAACCCUCCUCUCCAUCGCCGUCACCCUCGUCAUCAUCCUCGCCGUUCGUCCGAGAAAACCCGAGUUCGAUCUACAGCGCGUGGGUGUCGAAUACCUCCUCGUAGCACCGGAGCAGGGUGUCGACGCCGGCCAAACGGCGGCGGCGUACCUCUCGCUUAACAUAACGCUGUUGUUCACCGCAGCGAACCCUAAUAAGGUGGGGAUCAAGUACGAGGCGGCGGAUCUGUACGUUUUGUACCACGGCGUGCCGCUUGGGAUCGCGGCGGUGCCGGGAUUCGAGCAGCCGGCGCACAGUACGCGAUUGGUGGAUUCGAGGGUGAGUGUGAGCCGGUUCAAUGUGCUUCAGGCCGAUGCUCUGGAGCUUGUCCGCGAUGCCACCGUUAAUGACCGUGUAGAGCUCCGGAUCACCGGCGAUGUUGGGGCUAAGAUCCGAGUGCUCGGGUUCACUUCGCCUAGGGUUCAGGUGUCUGUGGACUGCGUGAUUGUAAUAAGCCCUAGAAAGCAGUCGCUCACUUACAAGCAAUGCGGCGUUGACGGGCUAAAUGUCUAAUUAUUUUUUGAAAUACUGUACUAAAUUUAUUUGAAUUUUCCCUAUCUUUUCCAUGCGGUGGCGCUCGCGUGGGCUUAACGCAGUGACUGACGGUGGUUACUAACGUGC